AUGGCGGGAUCUUUCCGAGGCGCCCAGAGGCCGUCGGGAGGCGUCAGGUGGCCUGGCGCACUCCAGCGCAUCCCGAACGCCGUCCGAUUGCGAGUGUCCAUUCCAGAGGCCAGCCCCAGAUCGGGGCGAGGGGCCGAUGAGGAGACGCUGCCGGCCGGGCUGGAGGACCUGCCCCUGCCAGAAGGAGACAUGGGCCUGCCCCUGGUUGGUAACUCACUCGAAUUUUUCAAAGACAAGAGUGCCUUCGUUGCUGGCCGUAUAAACAAGUACGGUCCUGUCAGUAAGGCCUUGGUGUUCGGAAAGCCAUCCGUCUUCGUUGGUGGUAUCGAUCUGCUUGAAAAGAUACUUGUAAAGGAGCCGGACCUCCUGGUACAGGGUCCCUUUUCAAAUCUUGAGAAGCUCGCGGGGCCCAAUUCCGUGAUGAGCUUGAACGGGGAAGAUCAUCAUAAGAUGAGGAUGCUGCUAGGCCCGCCCUUCACAAAGAAGGGCGUGCACUCGCGCGUGCCUGAAAUUGCAAGGCUGGCAGAGGAGCAGUGCAUGGAAUGGUCCCAAAGAAGCUCAGUUCUCUUUGUCGAGGAGGUCCGACGUUAUGCAUUCGGCGUGCUGACGGAAGCGGCGCUGGGCCUCAAGUACCCCCUGGCGGGCAAGUGGACCAAGGACGCCGUGCUGGACGUCUUUCGCGCGUGGACGGCCGGGCUGUUUUCGUUCGGAAUCGACCUGCCGUUCACGAAAUUCGGGAAGGCCAUGCAGUGCAGGAGCAUGUUGCUUGAGAUGAUCAACAAGGUGACGAAAGAGGUUCUGGAAGAUGACGAACACGAAGGGGGCCUUAAAUCAAUACUGCUUGCUCAGGACGAGCAGGGAAACGGCCUUACGAAAGAGCAGCGAGAGGAUAGCCUGCUCUUGCUUCUCUUUGCUGGCUACGACACAACUGCGUCAACGCUAUCAAUGGCAAUGCUGCUGUUGGCACGGAACCCGCAAGUCUGGGAGAGAAUGAAGGAGGAGCAGGCGGCCAUCGUGGCCGAGCACGGUCCCGACAUGACCCCCGAGGCCGUCGAAGCCAUGGCCUACACGGACGCUGUCGUCCAAGAAACCAUGCGCGUGCGCCCGGCCUCCUCGGGCGGCAUCCGGGUCGCGGCCAAGACCUUCCAGCUCAACGGCCGCCGCGUGCCCAAGGGCUGGACCGUGUUCCCAUCCACGGCCGUCACCGCGUCGCUCUUCGACCCCCGCUGGCCCCAGGACACAGAGUUCCGCCCCGAGCGGCACCUUGGGGCCCAGGGGGCGGAGGCCAGGCCGCACAUGGCCUUCGGCAUCGGCGCCCACAUGUGCCUGGGCUGGUACCUGUCCCUCGUGGAGGCCAAGGUGCUGCUGGCCACCUUGGCCAGGGGUUACGAGUUCACCGUCGCGGACGCCCACCCCCGGAUCACCGUCUUGCCCAUGCCGCAGCCGGCGGACGGCCUUCCGAUUAUGGUGAAGUCACGCUCAGCUCUCCCCGCCCGUCGACGGUGGAACGCCGGCCCGGAACAGUGA